AUGCCUUGGAGUGCAAAAGCACACACCUUGCUUCACGCCUGGUACGGAGGCCAGGAGACGGGUCAUGGCCUCAUUGAUAUACUAUUUGGACACGUCAACCCGGCCGCACGCCUCCCCAUGACAUUCCCGCAGUCUGUUCGGCACACCCCUGCCUAUCUCUCGUUCGGAAAGUCUGACUACACCAUCAUGUACGGCGAGGGGGUCUUUAUCGGGCAUAGAUAUUACGAGGCCGUAGAUCGCGCCCCGCUCUUCUAUUUUGGCCAUGGGCUUUCGUACACGACCUUUCGGUAUUCGAACCUUACUGUCCCUACGGUUUUUCAUCCGGACGCGGCAUUUGAGAUGACGAUUUCCGUGGACGUCACCAAUAGCGGCUCGUACCCCGGCUCAGAGGUCGUACAGGUAUACAUCAGCGAUGAAGAAAGUUCAGUGCUACGGCCGCCGCGAGAGCUCAAGGCCUUUUCGAAAGUUUAUGUGGAGGUAGGAGAGACGAAGACUGUGAGGCUGACGAUCGACAAGUACGCAUUGUCGUUUUGGUCUGAGGAGGAUUCAAGCUGGAAGGCCGAGGCUGGAACAUAUGUGGUUAUUUUCGCUGCGAGUGCCGACCCCAAGUGUGAGGUUGCGAGGCGGGCUUUUGAGCUGCCAGGGACGGUGUAUUGGUCUAAGCCCUGA